UGAGCCGUGGGCAGCAUCUUGCAGGACGCACGGAGCUGUUCAUGAACUACACGGGACACGGCAGCCAGCAGCAGCAGCAGCAGGCGCAGACACAAAAGACGCACCGAGACUCACUGUGUUUUCAUCUUUGGGGCCUGCAGUUGUAAAAGUUCCUGCAUGUUUUAUUUUGAAUGGGACAGAAGGCGCUUGGACACUGGAGGAGGGUUCAUUCACAGUUUGUUUGGCUAGAUUACACGACUGACAGAACAGAAGCGCGUCAACAAUCCACACUCCCGAGUGCGCUUCACAAUAACAGAGAUGAUUUUGGGCAGAGAAAAGAAGCAUUGUUGGAUAACAAGCUGAAUGCAUAAUGACUGGAGUUAAUUAGCCUCGUAUGUUUGGGAAUACAAAGAUCUCACUGGCUUCUCUGGAUAUCUUCAGACGUCUCACUUUUUGGAGCACAAGUGGAAUUAUUUUUAAUUUUAUCCUCGUCUUGUCCAGGAUCCUGACUGUAACACUAACUUGGUCAAAAUGAGCCGAUACAGCCUGGCUUUGUCCUGUUUGCUGGCGUGCGUCCUCUCCAGCACGGUGACCGGCACAGACUCUCAGAGCUCGCCCCAGGAGUCGUGCGCGUCCUGCGGGCUGAGGACGCCCGACCAGUCCGAGCGGGUGAACAUAGACUUCGUGGAGGCGGUGAAGAGGCACAUACUGAACCGGCUGCAGAUGAGGGAGAGACCCAACAUCACCCACCCCAUCCCCAAAGCCGCGAUGGUGACGGCGCUGAGGAGGCUGCACGCCGGGAAAGUGCGAGAGGACGGCAGGGUAGAGAUCCCCAGCUUUGAAGGGCAGGCUGCGUACAACAACGAGGUUCAAGCAGAGACCUCGGAGAUUAUCAGCUUCGCCGAGUCAGAUGAGCACACAUCCUCCAAGUCUGGUCUCUACUUCCUCGUCUCCAACGAGGGAAACCAGAACCUGUAUGUAUCCCAGGCUAACCUGUGGCUCUACUUCCGUGUGCUCCCGGCUGGUCCAGAGAAGGGCAUCCGGAGGAAGGUAACAGUCAAGAUCCACUACCAGGAGGCUGGAGCUGCCAGCAGUGCAGAGGGAGGCCCGGGAGGCGGCGGCGGUGGAGGGGGAACAGGUCGUUGGGUGCUGGUGGAGAAGCGUGUGGAUCUGAAACGCAGCGGCUGGCAUACUUUCCCUCUCUCUGAGGCGGUACGGGCUGUGUUUGGAAAAGGCAGCCGGCGCCAGGACCUGGAGGUCCACUGUGACGGCUGUGAGACGACAGGCGUUGUUCCCGUGUUGGUGGACCCUGGCGACCCAUCCCACCGGCCUUUCUUGGUGGUCCGCGCUCGUCAAGUGGACGGGAAGCAUCGUAUUCGUAAACGGGGGCUGGAGUGUGAUGGCACUAGUGGGGGCCUUUGCUGUCGGCAGCAGUUUUACAUUGACUUCCGCCUUAUCGGCUGGAACGACUGGAUCAUUGCACCAGCCGGUUAUUACGGCAACUACUGCGAGGGGAGCUGUCCGGCUUACAUGGCAGGUGUGCCGGGCUCAGCUUCAUCCUUCCACACCGCGGUAGUUAACCAAUAUCGCAUAAGAGGGAUGAGCCCAGGCUCGGUCAACUCCUGCUGCAUUCCCACCAAGCUCAGUACUAUGUCCAUGCUCUACUUUGACGAUGAGUACAACAUCGUAAAGAGGGACGUGCCCAACAUGAUCGUGGAGGAGUGCGGUUGUGCUUGAGCCCCCGCUGAACUCUCAUGAACUUGGAACAAUCAGAGAGGCCUUUUGUACAAACAGGACAUUGUUGUACGGUACACAUAUACGAUAUAUCUAUACCUACUGUAAGUGCAGGCAGCAUGCACACUGGUACAAUCAAGCAAGAAUCAGUAUUGGUCCACGUGUGCAUGGGUAUGUUUGCAAGCGUGCGUGCGAGUGCAUGUAUUUAUCAGAGUGACAUGCUAGCUGUCCGAGUCUUGUCCGGUCAGUAACGAGAUGAGAAGGGAAUGAUAAUCACCAAAUGAUACUUUGCUCUAGUUUGCCAUUUCUAGUCAAAAAAUAAUGGCUCAUCAUCUCCUCUUGUAUGAAGAUAACAAGCGCUUAAAGAAAGUGACAGGAUCAGCCAAUGGCAUUAUUGGCUUCACCCCCACGCUCCCGACACUGCUCCCCCAAACCCUCUUAAGUACUUUAAGCACAUGACAGACUUUUGUUUUUAUUAAGCACUGACAAUUCAUCAGCUUAUACAAUUCAGAACACCAGCACUUCCCUAUAUUACGACAACAGACACUGUCUGACUCUCCUCUCCUCUCUGAUGGAAUUAGACCAGCAGCGCUUAAUGCCUUGCAGGAUUAUACCAUCCGAAGAAAGGCAAAAGAAAGUCCUGCUGCUGCUGUUGUUCUUGCUGUCGACUAUGGGCCUCCACCUCAACUUCCUGCCUAAGAGUGCUGCAGGCCCUGCUAACAUGACAACCAGGUGAAGACAGAUGUCAUAAGUGCACUUCACUUGUGCACUGGGAGCAACAGAGAGAGAACUGCUUCCU